AUGGAUGCGGCCUCGUCAGCAGGAACUUUGGGACCGCAUCCCGUUGUGCCAUUGGAAAUACCUGGACAUCUUAAAAAUUAUUUGGCCAAACCAAGACCAAAUGAUAAGUUAAAGGAAGCAGAUGUUCAACAGGUUGGGGUUUCAAGUUCUCUGUGGGUGAAUCUUGGAUCCAUCGGUUCGAGUAUGGAUCGAAUCAAAGCUGAAAAAGCAGGCUAG